AUGAAGGACCGAUUGGAGCAGCUGAAGGCGACGUGUGACACGGAUGACGCGGACGAUGUGGAGAUUGCUGUGGAUAAUGCAGCCUUCAUGGACGAAUUCUUCUCCCAGAUUGAGGAUAUCAGGAACAGUAUUGAUAAGAUUGAUGAGAACGUGGCCGAGGUGAAAAAACUGUAUUCAGUUAUCCUGUCUGCACCGACAUCAGACCAGAAAACACAAGAUGACCUGGAAGCUCUGACUAAUGACAUUAAGAAAAUGGCCAACAAUGCUCGCAACAAACUCAAGACGAUCGAAAGGAACCUGGAGACUGGGGAGGAAGAAAGAGUGUCUGCUGAUAUGAGGAUACGCAAAUCACAGCAUGCUGUGCUUUCCAGGAAGUUUGUGGAUGUGAUGACCAAAUAUAAUGAAGCUCAAGUGGAUUUCAGAGAGAAGAGUAAAGGACGAAUCCAACGGCAACUGGAGAUCACUGGAAGAGCCACAACAGAUGAAGAACUUGAGGAAAUGUUGGAGGGUGGGAAUGCAGCUGUCUUCACAGCAGGGAUUGUAGACUCGGGAAUCUCGAAGCAGGCAUUAAACGAGAUAGAAGCACGACACAAAGACAUAGUCCGUCUGGAGAGCAGCAUAAAGGAACUGCACGACAUGUUUGUAGACAUCGCCAUGCUGGUGGAGAGCCAGGGUGAUAUCAUAGAUAACAUAGAAGUGAAUGUGUCAAAAGCAGUCGAUCACGUUGAGGUGGCCAAGACUGAAACUAAGAAGGCAGUCAGGUAUCAGAGCAGCGCACGGAAGAAGAUGAUCAUUGUGGGCGUGGUCGUUGCUGUGCUAAUUCUCAUUGCACUGGCCAUCAUCCUAUCACAGACGCUCUGAGGCCAUGCCCCUCUGUUGC